CCAGGUCAGAGACGGGGCAAUGUCUGACCUGCAAACGCAGUUGAGAGAAGUUCUUAGAGAAAACGAACUGCUGCGUAGAGAACUGGAUUCCAAAGAGUCCAAAUUGAGCUCCUCUAUGAACUCCAUAAAGACAUUCUGGAGUCCAGAGCUGAAGAAAGAGAGAGCGGUGAGAAAAGAUGAAGCAACAAAGAUGGCUGUGUGGAAGGAACAGUACAGGGUGGUGCAGGAGGAGACGCAGCAUCUUCAGUGCACCAUCCAGGCCUUACAAGAUGAGCUCAGGAUCCAGCGAGAUCUCAAUCAGCUCUUCCAAUCCGAUUACUCUGAGUCGGGUCGACUUGGAGCCCAGCCCAUUCCCCCUCAGGAGAUGACCGAAGAGAACUUCCUCCGUCUUCACAGCGAGUUCGAGCGGCAGGCCAAGGAGCUCUUCCUCCUGAGGAAGACGGUGGAAGAAAUGGAGCUGAGGAUAGACACACAGAAACACACCCUGACCGCCAGGGAUGAGUCAAUAAAGAAGUUACUGGAGAUGUUGCAGAGUAAAGGUCUGUCAUCGCGGGCGGCGGAGGAGGACCACGAGAGAACGAGACGACUGGCUGACGCAGAGAUGACCAUCCACCAACUGGAGGGGCUGCUGGAGCAGAAAGACAAGGAGAUGCUUCAGCUCAGAGAGGAGCUGCACAGGAGAUAUGAAGCAGCUCCAGAAUCAACGAAGACCAAGGCCCUGCAGACUGUUAUCGAAAUGAAGGAUGCAAAGAUCAGCUCUAUGGAGCGUGGCAUGAGGGAGCUGGAGGAGGAGGUGAUGAUGCUGAAGUCCAACGGAGCUCUGAGCAGCGAGGAGAGAGAGGAGGAGAUCAAACAGAUGGAGGUCUACAGAUCCCACUCCAAGUUUAUGAAGAACAAGGUGGAACAGCUAAAGGAAGAGCUAACUCACAGCCAAUCAGAGAAGGAGAAGCUGAAGCAACGAGCCAAUGAGCUCCAGCAGGAGGUGUCUGCAAUGGAGCAGGCAAAGCAGGAGCUGAGUCGUAAAGACAGCGAGCUGCUGGCUCUCAGGACCAAACUGGAAACUUUAAACAAUCAGUUUUCUGACAGCAAACAGCAUGUGGACGUACUCAAAGAGUCACUCACCGCCAAGGAGCAGAGAGCUGCCAUACUUCAGACCGAGGUGGAUGCUCUGCGUCUCCGUCUGGAAGAAAAGGAGUCUCUCCUCUCAAAAAAGAGUCAGCAGAUCUCGGAGCUGACGGAGGAGAAAAGCACUCAGCAAGGAGAGAUCACUGAUCUCAAAGACAUGCUGGAUGUUAAGGAGCGCAAAGUUAAUGUGCUACAGAAAAAGAUAGAGAACCUCCAGGAUCAGCUGCGGGAUAAGGAAAAACAGCUGAGCGGCCUGAAAGACAGAGUCAAGUCUUUGCAGACGGACACGUCCAACACCGACACCGCGCUGGGAACGCUGGAGGAAGCUCUGGCUGAGAAGGAGCGGAUAAUAGAGCGACUGAAGGAGCAGCGAGAAAAGGAGGAGAGAGAAAAGGGAGAUGAGAUGGAGACCAGUAAGAAGGAGCUGAAGGAGCUGAGAGAAAAGGUCUCUCAGCUGCAGGCUGAACUGGCUGAUCGGGAGACCUCGGUGUUGGAUCUGAAAGAAAAGGCCUCCUCACUUGCAUCCUCAACUCUAAAGAAGGAAAACAGGCUGAAGAAUCUAGAAAUCAAUCUGGAACAGAAGAAGGAAGAGUGCAUCAAACUGGAGAACCAGCUCAAAAAGGCUCAAAGUGCAGCGGCAGAGUCCCAGGCCAACACUGAACUUACUGAACGCAUCUCGUCCCUGGAGCAGGAAGUGACCCGGUGCAGAGAGGAGGCUGGGAAGGCACAGUCGGAGGUGGAGCGACUUCUGGAGAUCCUUAGGGAGAUGGAGAAUGAAAAGAACGACAAGGAGAAAAAGAUCCAUGAGUUGGAGAGUCUUGCCUCAAGACAAAUUAAGGACCAGUCGAAGAAGGUGGCCAACAUGAAACACAAGGAGCAAGUGGAAAAGAACAGAAAUGCCCAGCUGAUGGAGGAGGCCAAGAAGAGGGAGGACAAUCUCAACGAAAGUUCUCAGCAGAUAAAGGAUUCUCUGCGACAGAAGGAGGAGCGCAUUGAGGAGCUGGAGGAGGCACUGAGGGAAAGUGUUCAGAUCACAGCAGAGCGGGAGGUGGUGUUGGCCCAGGAGGAGCACGCACGCUCACAUGCUGAGAAGCAGCUGUCUCACAUUCCAAUUCAUGAGUUCACCACAAGCGGAUUUAGAUGGUCGAAGGUGGAGGACCUACUGGUUGCCAUGGAAAAGGUGAAACAGGAACUGGAGGUGAUGAAAGCCAAGCUGUCGUCGACCCAGCUCUCAUUGGCUGAGAAGGAAGGCCAUCUGACUGCCCUGCGAGCCGAGAGGCGGAAGCACCUGGAGGAGGUCCUUGAGAUGAAGCAAGAAGCGCUGCUGGCUGCCAUAAGCGAGAAGGAUGCCAACAUCGCCCUGCUGGAGCUCUCCUCAUCCAAAAAGAAGAGAACCCAGGAAGAGGUGGCAGCCCUGAAGAGGGAGAAGGAUAGCCUGGUUCAGCAGCUCAAACAGCAGACACAGAACAGGAUGAAGCUGAUGGCGGACAAUUAUGAGGACGACCAUCUGAAGGUGGCUUCCCCAACCUCUGACCAGCCCAACAAUCACAAGCCCUCUCCGGACCAGAUUCUCUCUCCUCUCCUGGACCUGCAUCAGAACCGCAAUAAACUGAAGCUGUACAUAAGUCACCUAACCUCUCUGUGUCAGGAGCGAGAUCCAAUCAUAUUGCAGGACUUUGCCCCGCCCCCAGCUUAUCACCGCUCUGACUCCGCCUCUUGGCACACGCAGCUGCACAGCAUGACGGAGGAGCAGUUGGAGGCGGAGUUAGCACUGUGUGAGAGGGAGGGGGCGGAGCUCCAGGAGUAUGCCAAUCAGGUCCUGCAGCAGAUCGCCGACCGAUGCCCGGACAUUUUGGAACAAGUCGUCAACGCCUUGGAGGACAGCUGCUGACUUUGCACACACACACACGCACACACUCAGAGUGAGACUGAGUUCACACUCAUUUGCAUGCAAAAUUAAAAAAA